AUGUCUCUUUCCCGCAACUUCAUGCGCGAGAUGCGUCCCCUCUUCCGCAUGCUCGAGGAGCCCUUCGGGUUCCACCCUGGCCUCCAGAGCGCACCCAUGCGCGCCUUCUUGAACGAGGGUCUCUGGGAACGCGCUCGUGUGCCCGUCGACGUUACCGAGCAGGGCGACGCCUACGUCGUCGAGGCCGAGCUCCCCGGCGUGAAGAAGGAGGAUAUCGAUGUUCGCAUCGGCGACAAUGGUCGUUCCGUCACCAUCGAGGGCCAGGUCGUCCGGAGAAGCGCUCCUGCAGUCACUCAGGCCGACGCCGCGACGGACUCGACUGACAACACCGCUGCAGCACCUACAGAAGGUGCCGUAGAGUCUUCUCAAAGCCAGGCUGUCGCGCAGACAACACCAAACUCGAACCAGCUCUCCGUUGAGCGAGCGUUCUCGAGCGAGUCUAGGUUCUCGCGUAGCAUCAUGCUCCCGAGACCAGUCGACGCGUCGAAGGUCCAGGCGAAGUUGGUCGAUGGCGUGUUGACGCUGACUAUCCCGAAGGCGGAGGAGCCUGGCGCGGUCAAGAUCAACAUCGAGUAA